GAGAUGAAAUAAGUAGAGCUCCGCCGCACAGCAAGAAAGAAAGCAAGGACUGACAAUCUAUGUGUCUGAGAUAAUAACCCCCAGUUAGACAGGAUAUGUUGAGAAUAUCCAGCUGGACUUUGGGACGUUUUCUGGACUCACAAUCGAAGGAGUUGCCUUUUUGUCCACAUCUAUGUAGGACGUGGCGACUGCACUGAACAAGUCUUUUUGCCGCAAAAGAAACGUGCAUUUUUUUUCAGCUAUUAAAACGCGCAACAACAACGACACCAACCUGGACUACUCUUUUGAAACAGGAAUGGUUUAUCCUCCUGAAGGUUUAUUCUACAUCGAGAUGGAUCAAGCACCACCAGCUCUCCCUCCCAGGUCAACAAAGCCAGUGUCCUCCACCACGAACAACAACUGCAUUUCGCCACCUACAUAUACGCUACAGGACGCCGAAUGGUAUUGGGGAGACAUAACCAGGGAUGAGGUCAACGAGAAGCUCCGAGACACGCCUGACGGCUCCUUUCUGGUGCGUGACGCAUCCACAAAGCUGCAAGGAGACUUUACGCUGACAUUAAGGAAAGACGGGCACAACAAGCUGAUCAAGAUUUACCACCGUGAUGGGAAGUACGGCUUCUCGGACCCCCUCACGUUCACGUCAGUGGUGGAGCUCAUUUGGCACUAUCAGCACCAUCCGUUGGUGGAAUACAAUGCCACACUGGACCUAAUGCUCACACAUCCUGUGUCCCGCUUCCAGCAGGUGAAAGAGGACAGCGUCGAUGUGGCCGGAAGAAAGCUCAAGGAAGUGCACUGUCAGUAUCAGGAGAAGUCAAAGGAGUUUGAUCGUCUUUAUGAAGCCUUCACAAAGACAUCACAGGAGAUCCAGAUGAAGAGAACGGCAAUUGAGGCCUUUAACGAGACAAUGCUGAUCUUCGAGGAGCAGUGUCGUGAACAGGAGCGCUACGGGGAGGAGUUUGAGAUGAACAAUCAGUCUGACGGAGCCGACAAAGACCUGGAGAGUUUUCUGAUAAAUUAUGAGAAGCUGAAGUGUCGUCUCGGGGAGAUCUAUGACAGCAAAAUCCAUCUGGAAGAAGACUUGAGGACGCAGGUAGAGGACUACAGAGAGACGGACAGGAAAAUAAACAGCUUGCGGCCUGACCUCAUCCAGCUACGCAACAUCAGAGACCUGUACCUCAACUGGCUUAAUCACAAAGGCGUACGGCAAAAACGCAUAAAUGACUGGCUGGGGAUACUGAGUGACAGCCUCGAUGACACAUAUGUGUUGAAGGGAGACGAGAAGAAUCUGCCGCAUCAGGAUGAGACAAACUGGUUUGUUGGUGAACUGAGCCGGACGCAGGCCGAAGAAAUGCUUCAAGGUAAAGCACCCGGAACGUUCCUGAUCCGCGAAAGCAGCAAACAGGGAUGCUACGCCUGCUCUGUUGUUGUGAAUGAAGAAGUGAAGCAUUGUAUGAUCUACAGCACACCACACGGAUACGGCUUUGCUGAACCCUACGACGCCCACUGCUCGCUCAAAGACCUUGUCCUGCACUAUCGCCUGCACUCCUUAGCGCAACACAAUGACGCCCUGGAUGUUCGGCUGUCGCAUCCAGUACACGCCAAAGCCGCAGCCACGCCUUCUCAACACGCAGAGGAACACAAACUCUUACAGACUCCUAAACACACAGCGGGGCUCCCGCCGGCCGCUCCAGAAAUGUAAUCCAACGGAAAGAGACAAACGGACAUGUUUACUGUAUCCUGCGAGAACGACUGCAUCGAGGUGCAUUGUGUAAAGUUUUGCACUACAGUGAUUCCAUCGGCUUUUGUGAAUGGGAUUUCACAGAUUGAAGUGGGACUGGAACUUGAAUGUCAGCUUUGGGUUUUUUUUGUUUUCAAAGAGACUGUUUAAGCUUUUUUUUUUUUUUUUGUACUUCAUUUAUUGCCGUUUGUUUAAUGGACACCUUUCCGGUAGGGAUGUCGACAACCAGAACAUUGCUCACUGACAUCAUCAGGUGCUGCACCUUUGUUUGACUUCAACUUAUACAACCAGAGUUGAUGUUCCUAGAGAUGUCCCUAGUUAAAGUGUAUUCCGUUCUGAAAAUUUGACCAAUAGUUUUAGAAAUAUAUUUGGUUUCUAUGGAGUUAUAUUUGUGCCUCAUUCCUGAGCGUGUGAUUGCACAUUUUUAGCACGGGAAAAUAGUUUUUUGGACACACAUAAAUUAUAUUUCGUAGAGAAAUUAUUUGUCACGCGUCCUCAAUGAAUUUAUUUACCUGUUUGCUAAUAUCCACAUUAGCACACAACGAUAACCUCUUUCACUAACAUUUCACAUUUGCCCUCUCAAUGUGUAAAUUGAAAUCAAUCUUUGGCAGAGGAUACUACAUCUCAUUUUCUAACAAUGUCAUGAGGCUGUUCAUAGUAAUUAGUAAAUUACAUCAGCUAUUAGAGACAGUUCAGGGCUCUACAUGUAUAAUGCCUUAGGCGUGUAGCUGGCAAUCACCAAGGAAGCCAACCAUGGAUGUAUAAUUAGACCUGGAUACAGCGUUUGAAGUGGGGCCAGAAGCCAAAAAAGUUUGACCUCCCCUGUAUAAAAUUAACCAGAUAUUCCACAACAUUGGGCUCAUGGAGCAAACGCAGUACAGGCGUCCGCUGGUCGAGCGGCUAACUUCCAGUUUAGCCCUCCUCUAAUUUAUAUGGGAUUAAAUUGACUUAAUCUUGCAACUCCUCUACUUUCCAAAUGUUACCAGACCGAAUGGAUGAAAUCCUGAUAGCGAAAUCAGUCAUAUCACGGGCCUGUGACGCUCAGACGUCUCUAUCACAACUUAGGUCUAUGGGAAAGUCAUUGGUUUUUAUUUAGCUACUGCAUAUAUGGCAGACGCUAGCUAUCAACCUACUAAAAUAGCUUGGCUGCAAGCUAAUAAAGUAUAAAUAAAGGUAGUAAAGCUAGCUAUCUCACCAAAACUGUAUAAACUACUAAUGUGGAGGUGAUGGGCUGCUUAUCUUCGAGUGCUUCCCUACCCCCCUAGUAACCGUUAAUACCACUAACAAUCAGAUUGGAGACACAACAGCCAGUCUCUCUGAUUGGCUGGCAUUGUGGCACUCUGUCAAGUAGAGUGCGCAGAGCGGAGAUGCUGGGAGUAACAGAAAAAAAGAGCUAGUGCUCACUCACAAAAAGCAUUGAGAGGCGAAAUGAGUAAAAUUCCUUAUGUGGAUAAUAUGAAAUAUUGUGUAUGGAGCACGAAAAUGUUUUUUGUUGCUCAAGUUAAAUAAUUCUUGACAAUAAUUUCUCUACAAACUAUUAUUUAUGUCACUGUAACAAAAAUCUUUCUCUGUGCUCAAAAUGUCCCGUUGCAAAGCUCAGGAAUGAAAGAAAUAUGUUGCUACUACUUAGUGCAUUUGCGAGGGGGGAAAAUGGUGCUGUAAACAGGCUGUUUCCGUCAUACUGGUCUGGUGGACCAAACCAUUUUUGGGGGAAAAUGCCACGUGUGAAUAUGUGAAAAGUCGUGGUGCAUCUUGACAAUUUGCCCCUUUCUUAACAGACAUUCAUAUACAGUGGAUAAUUAUGUAGCAUUAACAUCCUGUAGAAUACCAUUGUAAGAGCAUACUCAAUGUUAUACCCAUUGACCAAAGCACUUAAUAGUGAGCAAAACUACAUCCCUGUUGAGUCCGGUAAUUGCAUUUGGGCAAGGGGAGGGCGAUUCAUGUACACCUGCUGAUGUGCUGAUCAAAACAUAAUCUGAAGUACUGUAUGUUAUAUUCUGUUACUCAAAGAAGUAUAAGCUUUUUGUAUUCUAUAUAUAUUUUUUCUAUAAACAUGCCACAAGAUGAAAGCUUGAAGAAAGUGCAAUCCAACAGUAUUUCUAUUGUUGCAAUGUAUGACGAUGAUGAUGGCGGUGAAGGUAAUGCUGUUAUGAGAGGUUGACAUUUGCCACAAAAAUGCACUCUCUUUGGUGGUGUCGGUAUGAUGUGGCCUCCGAUGUUUGUGUGAACUGCCAGAGGUCCGGAAGUAUCCUGCCUCCAUUACUUGAACUGUGGCAUUGCUCGAGCUAUGAAUGUUUUUCAUGACAUGCAGCCUACAUAGCUUAAGAGGAAAGGAAUCCAUGUUGAACUUGGCACAUUUUUCAAGUUUGAGGACAAUAGAUACUCUGUACAGAGAAAACUGUAAAAUGUAUUUCUGAGGUUGGUUUGUGGAAGGAGGGUGAUUCAACCUCUUAUAAAAAUAUAACUCCACUGGGGGAUUGAGGAAACUCCUCGGGUGAAGCUAAGCAAUGUGAGAUCCUGACCUUUUUCUUGCUGAAAGACAAUAAACUGAUGAGGGUUUUGUCAA